GCUCUGUGCAAACACAGCUGCGGCCGACUGUGAUCGAGAUAAGGCCUCGAUGUGGGUGUGCGAAGAGGAGGAAGCAGCACCCGAGGGAGUGGGCUCCACUCCCAUCCUGCCCUUUUUCUCCCUCUCGGGCUCAGAAGUGGGCCGCAGAACCGUUUACACCCGUGGCUGCCCUCCCCGUGGCACCAGGGCACUGCCAAGUGGACCAAAAAUCCAGCAGUGCUUUGGCCUCCAGAUGGGACUGGACCUUAUCCUUUGGAGGUCCUCGAGAGCGACAUCCCCGAGACCCUGACGCCUGAGACAAAGGUCUUUCAAGGUCUACAGGAGGAGCCUGAGAUGGACGGCCGAAAGCCUACCCUAAAAAGCUCCCAGAAGGUUUCCUUGCUCUCUUCCUCGGUGCGAACUGUCAUUCGUCUUCGGCGGACGACUCAAGUCCUCAAGAAGGGCCUCCCAUCCAGAGAUUCCCCAUCCAAGGUCCUCCAGCGCCAGCAAUCCUUGGGUAAAGUCAAAGCGGGCAACCAAGCAAGCUUCCAGGGUUCCCAAUAUUUUACUUUCGACACCUCUGCACAACCUCCACAAAGCAUCAAGAAGAAGAAGAAGAGACCCAAGAACCCUCGGGUUUUGUACCCGGGAUGUUCUCGGAAAUACCUCCCGACAGAGCACAAAAGCAAAGCCAAGAGGUGCCUCCUCCUCCUGGUUGGCAUCAUCUGCUUCCAGAUCCUCAAUGCCAUUGAGAACUUGGAUGACAAUGUGAUGAAAUAUGAGUUGGAUGGGCUGGAGAAGACCAUGAGGAGGGAAGUCUUUGGGCAGGCCUUGGCUGUGGAGAGCGUGAUGGGCCUGCUGAAGGACUACUUAGCCACCCACAUCCACAACAAGCCCUUGGUGAUCUCCUUCCAUGGCCCGAGUGGGGUUGGGAAAAGCCACAUAGGAUGGUUGCUCGCCAAACACUUCCGGUCCAUUAUUGGCCAUGAAAUGGUGCUCCAUUAUUUCACCCAGCACCAUUGUCCCGAAGGUGCCCCUGCAAUGUCCUGCCAGUUGGAGCUCUCCAAGAUGGUCACCGAGAUGGUCACCCAAGCAGAAGUAGAAGAAAAGAUCCCUUUGUUUAUUCUGGACGAGGUGGAGUCCAUGUCACCUGAUUUGUUGGACAUCCUUGGAGGGUUCUUCCACACCAACCAAACCAAUGAGUUCCUCAAUGCCAUCUAUGUCCUAAUCAGCAACUUUGGGGCCAAAGAGGUCACCGAUGUUCUUCUCCAGAAUGUCACCAUGGACCUCCUGGAGGCCCAGAGGACAACGGAGCACCUUCGGACGGUCCUAAGUCCCGUUUUGAGCCAAAUCCACCCUCUUUGGACAUCAGCAGAGAUUGUCCCCUUUGUGUUGCUAGAGAAGAGCCAUGUCCGGAGCUGUUUCUACGAGGAGAUGAUGAGCGAAGGGAUCUACCCAGAUCCCAACCACAUCGAGCGCUUGGUCAGUCAGCUGGGCUAUUACACCAAAGGGGAGCUGGAGUUGGCCAUCACAGGUUGCAAGCCGGUUGUAGGCAAGGUGAACCUGCUUUAAGGGAAGGCAAACAUCUCGGGACAAAGUCCUGCUUCUCUUUGUUAUUUGGGGAAUGUGUGGAGUGUAUCCGGUCACUGGAAGCAACGUGUAAUACAUUCCUGGAAACAGCAAGUAAUUACAUGGAACAUUGUUGGAGACAACGAGUCGUUACAUAGAACACAGUCUUGGAAACAAUGAGUUGUUACAUAGAACACAGUCUUGGAAACAACAAAUUGUUACAUGGAACACAUACUUGGAAACAAUGAGUCGUUACAUUGGGUUGUUGUGAGUUUUCUGGGCUGUAUGGCCAUGUUCCAGAGUUGUUACAUGUAACACAUUACCUAUUUUUGGUAACAAGGAGGAAACAAAGUGAUGUUUUGCACAUCAUGCAACAAAA